AUGCAUGUGAUUCUACUGUUAAUUAUUUGUUUGACAUCAGUCAAUGCCGAUUGUUCUUCCGAAUCUGAUAAAAGCAAAUUCGUACGAGAGAAAAUGAAAACAUGGGGCAUCUAUAAUCAAAUUUAUUCAGUGACAAGUCGAACAGCAACGUAUCGAUUUGGAAUAUGCUCGUUGCCUAAUAAUUCAAUUAGUAAUGCAGCUAUUUUACAAGAAGAAAACAACGAAUCACACAUUCUCGGUCAAUUAGAUCAGUCGGACCUGACCGGAACAGAUAAAUGGAUGCUUUUAACGUAUGAAAAUGGCACUCGAUAUGUGAAUACGUGUGGUAAUAAAACACGUUCAGCUGCAAUUAUUUUCAUUUGUGGGCAAAAACUGGGUGAUAUUACAGUUGUUGAAGAGAAUUGCAAUUAUGUGUUUGAAUUUCAACUUCCUGGAUUAUGUUCAACGGUGCCGCAAGCUACAAAGAAACUAAGCGGUAGUGUAAUAUUUUUCAUCAUUCUUCUGUGCUUGGCUAGCGCAUAUCUUAUUGGUGGUUUCUUCUACAUGCGUGUUAAACACGGCGCUCGGGGCAUUGAUCAAAUACCGAACUUAGAUUUCUGGCAGCGGAUUGGCAAUUUCAUUGGUGAAAAAUGUGAUCAUUGUCGGUGCUUCGCAACGAUCAUGGACGUACAAGCAAUACGAUACCAACGUGGCUCACUAUUAAUUUUGGAUCAAUUAAGAUUACCUGAUGAAACUGUUUAUGUUCCCAUCAAUACAAUUGACGAUGCAUGGAAAGCGAUUCAUACCAUGGCCAUACGAGGUGCAUCGGCGAUAGCUGUCUGUGGAGUGUUAAGUGUUGCGGUUGAAUUGUACCAUUCGCGAACAAAAUUCGAUUCGAUUCCAUCUAUUUUACAAUUCGUCACCGAUCAACUGAAUUAUUUGAUCACGGCACGACCGACGGCAUUUAACAUGACAGAAGCUGCAAAAAUGAUCAUCGAUUACUUAAUUCCGUUGAGUAACAAACAACAAAAUUUAACUUUGUAUAUAAAUGAAUUACUCGACUUUAUGGAACAACUUCUUCAACGCGAUCUCGAUCAUAAUCGAUCUAUCGGUCAGUUAGGUGCCGAAAUGAUCCAUCAGCAAAUAACUACGAAGAAGAAAUUGACCAUUUUAACACAUGCAAACACCGGCUCAUUAGCAACAGUUGGUUUUGGUACAGCACUUGGUAUUAUUCGACAAUUGAAUACAAACAAUCUCUUACAAUUAGUUUAUUUUACUGAAACUCGACCAUGUAAUCAAGGUUCGCGAUUAACUGCCUAUGAAUUAGUUCAUGAUCGCAUUCCGCAUACAAUGAUUUGUGACUCAAUGGCUGGACUUCUCAUGCGAACUCAACCGGUUCAUGCGGUACUCGUUGGUGCUGAACGAAUAACAGCCAAUGGAGAUAUCGCAAACAUCAUCGGAACAUAUCAAUUAGCGAUACUUGCUAAACAGCAUGAUAUUCCAUUCUAUGUUGCAGCAGCAACAACGUCGAUCGACUUAACGACACGAACUGGAAGUCAAAUCAUUAUCGAACAACGUCCAUCGAGUGAAAUGACAAGUCUCAAAGGAAUGAAUAUAGCUGCAGAAGGCGUCCAAGUAUGGAAUCCAGCUUUUGAUAUAACACCUGCUCAAUUAAUAAGCAGUAUUAUUACCGAACAUGGUGUAUUCAAACCUGAUGAACUUGAAGAAAAACUUCUCACUUUACAACGAACAGUCAAAAGUCCAAUAUCGUGA